AAGAAAAAUUACCGUAGGAAAAAAGGCAAAAACCAACAGCAGCAGCACCACCACCACCAGCAGCAGCAAUUGUAGCAGCAGCAGCAGCAGUCAGCGCGCAGCAGGACGGAAAAGAGCAAAGGCGAAAACGAAACAAAACGGCGAGCAAGAAAGGUGAAAAAAGCCCAUCAGCUUCAAGUUUGCAACGACGGCAACCAGCAAAAUGACGCUGCCGAGCAGUGCCAGGGUGUAUGCGGAUGUAAAUUCGCAUAAACCACGUGAAUAUUGGGACUACGAAAACUACAUCGUCGACUGGGUGAACCAAGAUGACUACCAGCUAGUGCGGAAACUGGGCCGGGGCAAGUAUAGCGAGGUGUUCGAGGCGAUCAAAAUGACGAGCAACGAAAAGUGCGUGGUGAAAAUCUUGAAGCCGGUCAAGAAGAAAAAGAUCAAACGCGAGAUUAAGAUUCUGGAGAAUCUCCGGGGCGGCACUAACAUCAUCACGCUGCUGGCGGUCGUGAAGGAUCCGGUCUCCCGUACACCGGCACUCAUUUUCGAGCAUGUGAACAACACCGACUUCAAGCAGCUCUACCAAACGCUCACAGACUACGACAUCCGGUACUAUCUGUACGAGCUGCUGAAGGCACUGGACUACUGCCACAGCAUGGGCAUCAUGCACCGCGACGUGAAGCCCCAUAACGUAAUGAUCGAUCACGAGAACCGCAAGCUGCGUCUGAUCGAUUGGGGCUUGGCCGAGUUCUACCAUCCCGGGCAGGAGUACAACGUGCGCGUCGCUAGUCGCUACUUCAAGGGACCGGAGCUGCUGGUCGAUUACCAGAUGUACGACUACUCGCUCGAUAUGUGGUCGCUCGGAUGCAUGCUGGCAUCGAUGAUUUUCCGCAAGGAGCCGUUCUUCCACGGGCACGACAACUACGACCAGCUGGUGCGCAUCGCGAAGGUGCUCGGCACCGAAGACCUUUUCGCCUAUCUGGACAAAUACAACAUCGAGCUAGAUCCGCGCUUCAAUGACAUUCUGUCCCGUCAUUCGCGCAAACGAUGGGAGCGAUUCGUGCACUCGGAAAACCAGCACUUGGUGUCGCCCGAGGGGCUCGAUUUUCUCGACAAGCUGUUGCGCUACGAUCACUUCGAGCGUCUGACCGCGCGGGAGGCCAUGGAGCAUCCGUACUUUGCCAUCAUUGUCAAUGGGCAGAUGCCACCACCGCCGACCUCCUCCGCCAAGGGUGGUAGCAAUUAAAUAUACGCCCUUUCCUCCCCCGUGUCCGUCUUCGCGUCCGCCCUACACCACCACCAUCACCAUCGUCGGGGGAGAUUCGAGCAGCCUGUUUUCCUUCCACCAAGGAUGGCCAAGGACGCGCCAUGGGAUGCUAUUGGGAGGUGGCGCGUUUGUGUCGCUGUUUACCUUUAAUGCUCUGUGGCGAUGGCAGAGUAUUGCUGGUGGCCGGAAAUAGUCGAGGCGAAUGCAGCAAACAAGACGACGGGCAGCGAGCGAAUAAACAGGAAGGAUGAGUAAGUAGGAGGCGUUCGUGCUCGCGCCAGUAAAAGCAUAGAUAGAGUAGAGGUGUGAAUGUGUGCUACACACGGUCGGAAUGUUGGUCACUGGAAAUGCAUCUUAUUUUGCGUUCGGCGUCGAGAACAGCAACGCUAACCGGUGCGUAAUGGUUGAGAUGCUAGAAGUAAUUAUUAGCUGGAAUACAUAGAGCCCAACUGGCGGAAGAAUACUAACGCAAACCUCUGGCUCGCAACCAGAGUGAAGAAAAAUAGUUUUUAACAACAGAAUGGCAUAGCGGAUAUGAAGGAAACGAGCAUUAGCGGAAGUGGUGCAGGAGAAAGGGAAAGAAUGUCAACAUGUUAUUAAAAAAACAAAUUUAAAUAAUGUAAUAGCAAGAAGGUAUAUAGAAAAAACGUAAAUCCGUUCGUCCCAUCCUUCCCUUCAAACACGAAACAAAGAAUACUAACAACCACAUAGCAAGCCAUGGAAGCUGAGCAGAGGAGACCAUUCAUCGUAGGCAACCGAAUUUGUUUUCCGGAGAAAGACACUAAAUUACUGCAAACAUUGGUGGAAAAAAGAUCAAAAUUGAAAGAGGUUAAGAUGAGAAGUAAAGUCGAGGACGCGUAUUGGCACUGGCGGGAGGAAUAGGGCUAAAAGAAUGUAAUAAUUAGGGAACAAUUGGUAACAGUACAGAAAAAAAACACAGACACACAUUUAAGACGCGAGUGAACAAGUAGGUCAUCAGCUGCAGCACACGAUUAAGGACCCAACCACUUUCCAAAUCAUAGUACGCGGCGAGCUAAAUAUACUAACGCAUGAAUUCGUCAAUCGGCUCCUGUUUUAUCCUGCCUCAGGUUGUCGGGUGAAUGUAGUUUGUCCAUCGGGAUGAUACACGGUGCGCCUUAGUGUCCCCUAUGGCGCACGUGUAGAAGCUCCGGGUAGAUAGGAGGUGAAAGGCGCAUCACCACAUCAAACUACUGAUCGGCGUAACACCUGGAAGAAUCUUGGAAGUUGAGCUUAGGCACUGAGGAGAGGAGAGGCAAAGCGUGGGAGAAAAACGUUGUAAUAGAAAUAGUAGCUGAUGAUUUAGUAGUUUUUGCAUCCACCGUUGUCCACUACGUGCGUUUAUAAGAGAAAAUUUUCUGUUGCUUCUAGAUGUAUGGUUAGCAAUUGCCUUUUCGCAGCAUCCCAGUUCCGAUUCCUCUGCUCCUACUGGCGGUGCGUACUCAGUGGACAACCGGCCUUCUUAUCUAUCCUGUUAUACUCUUGUUUUCUGUUCCAGGAUGUGCUGUAAUCGUUUGUCGGUCAACGAUUUUACGUCGUAACUGAUAGCAACCAUCCUUUUUGCACUUCUUUGUUCUGAAAUCUAUUGCAAUAAUUGCACUUCUUCCUCCCAUUAGUUUCCGGAAACCGUGUACCAUUUUGAUUCGAACACACUUCACAUUAAUUUUUCAUUUACCCGUUUUUUUGCUUGCUAUUUCUGCAUCCUUUUCUUUUAUUCACAUCUUUUCUGAAUGCUAAACAAAGUUAUUAUACUAGGAUUACGACAGGUACUUUGUUCAACCCAUUUUCUUUUGUAAUUAAACAUUGAAAGCAUGUAAUAAAUCAAACUCCCAAAAAACACCCACAACCAGUCGACAUCGUUCCCAGUUAAGUGUUCCUGGCCUGCUGUGCGAUGCUUUCACGAUACGAUACUGGAAGCGCGAGACCAACUUGUUACGCCUUCGUCUGGUGAUCGGAGAUUAAUUUUUCUUUGCAAUAUGCAUCGUUUGCUAUCCUCUACUUUGUUAUCUAAUAUUUCGUACUCUUCAACCGUAAC